GGCACUGCUACCGUGCUACGUUUGAAAUGUAAAUUCCAGUUAGGUCUGCGCAAAAAAUGUGAGUGCACUUGGUGUCAAAUACCAAUUAGUUGAUCACUUUAUGUCGACUUCUUCUGGUGGCUUACUUUAUAGCUUCAGGUGCAAGACUUAUGUCAACUUCAAAGUUUGUCAUGUAUUGUCGACCUUCACGUAUAAAAAGUUUUCGUCCAUAAAAAUAUGCUUCUGAAAGUUCAGAGAUCGGACAGCAGAUAGCAUAUAGCACAAGAGAUAUGAGUAAUUCUAUAUAUGUAUAUAUGCAAAAUGUAAAUAUCCUUGUAACGAGAUUGCGAGAGUUGAGUGUAUUGAAACUUUUGUGUUUGAGUGAUUAUUUUUUAUUAGUAAAUUUGUUUAAGAUCGUCAGCGUAAAGACUCCAUUUUCACAACAGAUACAAGAUCUAAACAACUUGUUGCGGGGUUUGAUGGACUAUUCGGUGAGACGCAUUGACCGGGGCAGGAGAUGGAGUCGUCCUUGGACACUAAGAAAGAGUGUGGAAGUAGUUGCGGUUUUAAGUUCUCUGGUGGUUGGGUUCUCAAUUUUCUUGGCAAUUGGGCGCCGUAAAACUCUUGGUCAAAUCCCAUUGGCUAAUUCAAGUCAUUGUGAUUUUCCGGCGAUAUUCAACUUUGGUGAUUCGAACUCCGAUACAGGAGGCAAAUCUGCGGCGUUUCGUCGGCUCCUCUCUCCUAACGGCGACACCUUCUUUGGUAAACCCGCGGGGAGGUACUCCGAUGGACUAGUCCUCGUCGAUUUUAUAGCUGAGAAGCUGAGAUUACCAUUCUUGAGUGCAUAUCUGGAUUCUAUGGGGACAAAUUUUCGACAUGGAGCAAAUUUUGCUACAGGAGGGUCUACAAUUCAGCCAGUGGAUAUGAGAAUCUAUGAGAUGGGUUUUAGCCCCAUCUCUCUUGACAUACAGCUUUUGCAGUUUGAACAAUUCAGAGCUCGCACAUUUGAGCUAUACAGGGAAGGUAGAAACUCAUACACCAGUCUCCCAAGACUAGAGGACUUUUCCAAGGCACUAUACACAUUGGAUAUUGGACAGAACGAUCUUCAUUUUGGGUUCUCGUCAAUGACAGAGAAACAACUGCUGGAAUCAAUACCAAAUAUUAUCAAUCAAUUUUCUCAGGCAGUGGAGAAACUAUACCAACUUGGAGCAAGAGCAUUCUGGAUACAUAAUACAGGUCCUAUUGGCUGCCUGCCUUAUUCUGUUACAUAUUAUCCUCCAAAGCCAGAAAAUAUGGACGAAAGUGGCUGUGUGCUUUCCCACAAUAAGAUAGCGCAAGAAUUUAACAGGCAGCUACAGGAGAAGGUGUCCCAACAUAGGGUGCAACUUCCUGAUGCAAUACUUACUUAUACUGACAUUUUCUCAGCCAAGUAUAAUUUGAUUUCUGAAGCAAAGAAGCUUGGUUUUGCUAAUCCACUAGGAUACUGUUGUGGGCAUUUUGGCGAUUACAAUGUUCGAUGUGGGGAAAAGGCACUAAAUGGAACUGAAGUUUUUGGGGUUUCAUGUAGCAACCUUUCAGUUUACAUUAGCUGGGAUGGCGUACAUUAUUCUCAUGCCGCCAAUAGAUGGAUAGCCAACCAAAUUCUUGAUGGCAAGCUCUCUGACCCUCCUAUCCCCAUUACUGAGGCCUGUCGCAAGCCUGCUCAUUUGUGACCAUGAGCCCAAAGAGUGCAGUUUGAGCUAUGGACUGCGUAAUUAUGGUCUUAUGAAACUGUUUUCCGCUGUUGUUGUGGACACUAUGGAUAUCACAGUUAUUACUUGCCGUGUAUAUUACUAUCUAAUGCUGGAUGAUAGUGACCAUGCAUGGGGACUAAAAUUGAUGAGGCUUCUCGUUGAAAUUCUUAGGAGUACAUCAGUUGGGUGGUGCAUUAUAUUCCACGCUGCAAACCAAUGGACAGCCAACCAAAUAUCAGACAGCUCCAAUAUCAAUCACCAUAGCAAAGCAUGUCUCAAGGCUGCUCAGAGAGAGAAGAGCUAGCAAGGGAAGAAAAGCUCGUUCCAUGUUAGCAGCUCGUCUUUUCUCUAUUGGGACCAUCCACAGGCAGCCGGCGGGCUCUAGCGUAGGAGAGGAUUGACAGGUCCAAUACAAGGAGUAAGAGUUUUGGGUGGUCUAGUGGAACUUGGCUAAGGGAGUGACUUAUGGGCGUAACAAGACCCCACUGAAGAAAAACACAAUCCAGAUAUUACAAAGAAAUAUCAUCACCUUGGUACUGAAUUGGGAUCAAAGUUUUAAGCCUUAUGAAAUGUGAGUUCUGCAUGGAUUGUACUACAACUGCAUGAGUAAUGUCAUUUUUUUUUUUUUUGGGGGGGGGGGGGCGUCCAGCUGCAGCAGUGUGCUAUUUCAAAUCGUUCUAUUCUCAAACCUGUAAGCAUUGUAUGUAAGAAAUAAAAUCAGCCAAGGCCAAUUGGUGUGGCGACUAAACACAAGGCAGAAGAAAGAAAAAUACCUGCUC